AUGCCGACCAAACAAUUCAACAGCUUCUGGCGCAGGAAGCUUAGUAGCCAAUGCUUCAGACUUCAGGUGCAAACUACAAAUCGCCCAGUUGCUUUAGCUAUUCCUUCCCGACGUUCGUUAUGCACAUUAUCAGCGAGUCUACCGGGGACAACUCGCCCAUCAAAACCCCAUAGGACACCAGUUUCCAAUGCCAAUACACACGGCUGCAAGUUCGCGUCUAGACUUGCGCGAGCUAUAGCACCGCGCCCUGGUGGAGCGACCGAAACCUACAUCGCAUAUGGAAUGACCCAGAAGCUAUUCGAGGCUUGUUCCAGCCAAGGGGACUACAGGAUACCCCAGCUACAAGAGAAGAAUGCCCAGGUUCCCAAGACGGAGGCCGGAGAGGAUCUAGGUGUUGGAGAAGGUUGGUGGUAUCAAGAAUUAGGCCUUGUCCCAACCUUUUCAACGUGGUCUCAGAUUACUUUUCUCCAUAUGUACCUAUUAACGGCUCGACUUCGGGCACUGCCGUCUCAUGAGAGUCUUCAGACGUAUUCGCGCCAUUUGAUCGACCACUUCUCACAUAGUGCCGAGCAUCGUAUGGAUGUGCUUCAUGGCUUGACGAGUCGUGCUAUCAGGAAUAAGUUCUUGAAGGACCUUUUCAUCCAGUGGCGUGGUGUUCUUGCCGCAUACGAUGAAGGUCUCAUCAAAGGGGAUGCUGUCCUAGGUGCUGCUGUGUGGAGAAAUUUGUGGAAAGCGAGUUAUAACACCCCUGACGGGAAUGAGAUUGAGUGGGAAAAAGUUGCGCGUGUUGUCGCCUAUAUGCGGCGGUUGCUCUCAGAACUUUCGAAGCUGGAUGACGCAGAUCUGAUCUUCCAGUUAGGUUCACCGAACAAGGGCAAACCUGGUGUGUUUUCACCCUCUGAUGCAGACAGGCUUUUGGUAGAGAAAAAGCGAUAG